AUGAGCCCUAUACCUUUCCCCACGAAUCAUGUUCCAUUAUCGAGCAGGGCGGUCAGCGCUACAAUAGUAAUACGAAGCGCAACUCGUUCCAUGCCAGCAAAUCGAAGUGUUGAUCAGUGGGCCAACUCCAAUAGCGACCAAAUACAAGCAAACGAAUUACCCAAUGGCUCGGCAGGUUCCGAUAUUAUUGGAACGUUGGUGUUUACAGUUUUCGUGUUGGGUAUUCUUAUAAUUGCCAUGACUGCAAUCAUCAUGGCUGUCUACGAUUGGUUGGACCCUGCAGUUGAAAAGUUUCCUUACGCAAAGCACGGCUCGGCGAAAAUUUCAAAAUGGCGGCCAUUAUUAUGCGAAGAGUACUCGGCAUUAUCUGAGGAGGAACUGGACGAAUAUCUAACGUGGUGUGAAGAUCAGCUCCGUAGGUCGUUGGAACAAGAGCGCAAUUUUAGCCAAGAAAACUGCGCAGGAUUUCAGUUUGAUCGCGAGGUGCAUGAAAAAUUGACAACGUUAGAGACAGGCAGAGAGUGCCUAUUUUCCACCGCUUAUUUUCCUCGGUUCACGAAAAAACCCGUUCUGGAUGCUGAGGAUAUGUAUGUAUGCUAA